UCCCCGCCGUCCUCGCCCCGCAGCCAUGGCCGCCGGCCCCGCGCCUCCCCCCGGCCGCCCCCGGGCGCAGAUGCCGCAUCUAAGGAAGGUGCGAGGCAGAUGGAGCGGGUGGUCGUGAGCAUGCAGGACCCCGACCAGGGCGUGAAGAUGCGGAGCCAGCGCCUGCUGGUCACCGUCAUUCCCCACGCGGUGACAGGCAGCGACGUCGUGCAGUGGUUAACCCAGAAGUUCUGCAUCUCGGAGGAGGAGGCCCGGCACCUGGGCGCCGUCCUGGUGCAGCACGGCUACAUCUACCCGCUGCGCGACCCCCGUAGCCUCGUGCUCCGGCCAGACGAGACGCCCUACAGGUUCCAGACCCCGUACUUCUGGACAAGUACCCUGUGGCCGGCUGCAGAGCUGGACUAUGCCAUCUACCUGGCCAAGAAGAACAUCCGAAAACAGGGGACCCUGGUGGACUAUGAGAAGGAGUGCUAUGACCAGCUACACACGAAGAUCAACCAUGCGUGGGACCUGGUGCUGAUGCAGGCCAGGGAGCAGCUGCGGGCAGCCAAGCAGCGCAGGAAGGGGGACAGGCUGGUCAUUGCGUGCCAAGAGCAGACCUACUGGCUGGUGAACAGGCCCCCGCCCGGGGCCCCCAGUGUGCUGGAGCAGAGUCCAGGGCGGGGAUCCUGUGCCGCCAGCCAUGUGCACAUGACCAAGCGUGCAGAUUUCUAUAAGCAGGAGAUCGAGUACUGCAGGAGAGCACUGGGCAGGACCCGAGUGAAGUCCUCCGUCUGCCUUGAGGCGUACCUGAGUUUCUGCAGCCAGCGUGGACCCCACGACCCCCUCGUGUCGGGGUGCCUGCCCAGCAACCCCUGGAUCUCAGACAACGACGCCUACUGGGUCAUGAACGCCCCCACGGUGGUUGCCCCCACGAAGCUCCGUGUGGAGAGAUGGGGCUUCAGCUUCCGGGAGCUCCUGGAGGACCCCGUGGGGCGGGCCCACUUCAUGGACUUUCUGGGAAAGGAGUUCAGUGGAGAAAACCUCAGCUUCUGGGAGGCAUGUGAGGAGCUUCGCUAUGGAGCGCAGGCCCAGGUCCCCACCCUGGUGGAUGCUGUGUACCAGCAGUUCCUGGCCCCUGGUGCCGCCCGCUGGGUCAACAUUGACAGCCGGACCAUGGAGCGGACCCUGGAAGGGCUGCGCCAGCCCCACCGCUACGUCCUGGAUGACGCCCAGCUACACAUAUACAUGCUCAUGAAGAAGGACUCCUACCCAAGGUUCCUGAAGUCUGACAUGUACAAGGGCCUCCUGGCGGAGGCUGGGAUCCCGUUGGAGACGAAGAAACGCGUGUUCCCGUUCUCGCGGAGGCCACGGCACUCAAGCCCCAGCCCUGCACUCCUUCCCACCCCUGUGGAGCCCACAGCGGCUGGUGGCCCUGGGGGAGGAAAUGGGGUGGCCUAGUGGACCUGGCCCAUCUGCCACUCUAGUGCCUGCAGCUCAACAUCCUUUAUGAAUGCACCAGCCACCCCCCUCUUGGCCCAGGUCCUGGUGGCUGCUGAACCCAGCACCAGUGUCCCCUUGUGCCCAGAGGGCCCAGUCUUGCUGUGGGGCGCAUGGCCUCCCUCCCUCCAGCAAGCCCUGCCUGCCCAAAAGGAAGGGGUCCAGGUGUGGAUUCCCACGGAAGGAUUUCACUGGCUCAGCUUGGGUCAGGGCAGCACCUGUUACCUGAAGAGAGGUGAGACCAAGGCUGCACGGAGCUCCGCCUUCUCUGGUCUUCAGUCUGGCACUGGGUACCCAUCCCCAUCUCUAAAACCAGUAAAUCAACCAGCGAAUACCUGGAAGCAAGAUGCACAGAUGGGUGGCUUCCCACACACCCGUCACAAGAUGCGGACACGCAGGUCUCGGUGCGAGCUCUGCCCCGUCCAAGAGCCUCUCCGCUGUCGCCCAGUGUGACCCCGGAAGGGGACCCAAGAGGGUGCCGUGCUGAGCCUGCCUCAAGCUCACUGCCUUCCAGGGCUGCGCCUAUUCCUCCCUCGCCAAACGCGUUCCAGAAUUUGUCCACAGGUGCGCCGGCACCUGCGUUUCCACCUCGAGGCCACGGCUUCCCCCCGAGAUUUUUUUUUUUU